AUGGAGCCCCUUCGCGAUACCGAGCUCUCGCCGCUGGACCCGACUCAUAGUGUACCAGCACCUUUCGACAGAGUCAAAUCGAGAUAUACGGGCAUAUUUGUCGAAGGCCAAGAAGAUGACCUUCGCCCACUGACACCGGGAGAACAUCAUCCUCUCCACAAUUCUCACUGGGAGUCAGAACGACCUCCAUUCCUGAAGACUGUUGCUAUCCAAGGAUUCGCAUUGCUGUGGCUGGCUCCGAUUGGCACAUUGCUGUAUCUGAAUUGGAAGCCUCACAUCAUUGGGGCAAGUGCUUGGUGCCCGUUCGGCCACUGUCUGCCUCGCGUGUGGGAUCCGUACAUCUCUAAGAAUGAAGCUACCGCCUACGAACUGCCAGCCAAGUUCGAUCGGGAGACACACAAUUUGUUGGGCGCGUUACAACUGGUCGCCAAAGCCCUCGAGGUCUGGUUUAUUGUUAUAGCUGGCUGGCUUGUCUACAUCUGUACUACGAUUCUUGCUGGCCGGCGCCAGGGAAUUCCGAUUGGAUACUUCAAUCGUCCGACAGAAUUCGCAGAAGUUGCGGGCCUAUUCGAUCCUCUGCUGUGGUUCACGCUGCGCCGACUACCUUCUGUUAGGGACCGCUCACGCAAGGGCAGGAAGCGUGUUUACCUCUUCGUCGUGACCACCAUCUUCCUCUGCUUCGUCUGCAACCUAAUGGGUCCUGCAGUGGCUGUGUUGCUCAUCCCAUCCUUGCAGUGGGUACAGACAGGGGCAAUGGAGCACCACGUAUAUGUCGAAAGUGGUGCCAUCGAGCCUCCCAACGCUCAGGGAUACCUUUUCGCAGACUCGCAAUGUUAUGAAUCAUCAACCGACCCCGAGGAGGACAGGAUACAGAAAAAUCGGCUCACUGCAAUGUUCUACGCUCACAACUACUCGUGCUCAUGGCCAUGGUCGCAGAACCUCGAUGCCUGGAUGGACAGCUAUUACGCCGUUGCUCCGCAAAGCUACCAGAGUGCAAUUGUUUCGAACAGCAUAAUUUCGGUACAAAAUGCGACCUCGUUCACAUUCAACAUGACAUCCUUGCCUAUUUCCAGCAACAAGAGCGCUGGUCUGGACGACGCGGCGUCAGUGGUCUGGGUCCCUAGCCGCGGAGUUCUCACUAACAUGAGCAACGAUAUCUCCAUGGUUGCCUAUAUCUCCUACGGUGAGGGCUCGUCAGAGAUGCGGGAUGAGUACGGGCUGUCCCAAGCGGAGUUCGACAGCUACGCGGAAUGUAAUAACACCGUGCAAACUUUCCUGCAUCGAGACGGGCCAAUACUUGGCAGCGUUGUGAAUGCGUGGCUCGGUGUCAACAACGAGACUCAUUGGACAACUAUGGUCGAUGAAGAUAAAUGGUUGAAGUGCUACGAAGGAUACGAUAUCACCAACGCGCCUCUCGCUUGGACCCAGGGGACUGAAGGCAUGGUGUCCGCGAAGUACACGAAGUGCAUAUCUAUUGGAACAGGCUGGGCAGACGGUUACAAGAAUGCUAGCUUCUCUAUCAGCGGCCUGUACUCUGAGAGCCUGAAAGCUUAUCAGCCCGAACUCAGCGUGUUUAUCCACUCCUCGGGAAAGGCUGCCUUUCUGCCUGAGGGCAGAUUACCGGAACGCGUGGCGGUCGAAUGUCUUGUCAAGAAUCGUCGUGUGUCCGACGGAGCACUGUGCGAUUGGGAUGCUUUCUGGCGCACUGGAGACGACCCCAAGGUUCGGUAUCGGUCCAAGGCGGUCACGACCAUCGAGAUGCUUUCUUCUGACAAUACGCUGUACAAUGAUGCUGCCCAGAAUCCCGACUACAAUCGCACGGACUACCCCUACAACACAACGCUAGUGAUAGACUUCGUGGCGUACGAGACGUUCGCGGAUUAUAUGCUGGAUCCAUCGCGCUUGACAAAUUCGCUCUACACUACUGACUAUGCCGACAACUUGUCUAAAACAGCGACCUUGGAUGAUAUCAAGCCGGUAAUGGUCGACCCAGCUUGGGUACUGGCAGCAUGGACGGCAGACUCUGGUGCUCAGAUGCUGGUCGAUGAUGCCACAGCCCGAGUGUAUCUACUAAACGCGUUUGCGAUGAUUUUACACGAGAACUCGGACAGAGCAACAGACCCGGUGUUGGCCCAGUGGUCCAGGAUCGAUGCCAUAGGAAUGAUGCCAAUCAUUCAGAUGCUGAGUAUGAUUGACUUCAACACGACUGCAGUCGCUCCCGAUGCUGCAUCCGACGCACAAUAUCCCAAGCUGGCAAGGUUUGCACGCAUCCAGGUGUAUGCUUACGGAAUAUCUUCUCGCACAGGCUGGCUCGGCGUUGUCGUUACUGGCGUCGGUUGCGUCGUAGUCCUGCUAGAAGUCGUGCUCGGCUUCAUCGAUCGACGAAGGCUCAGGUCAUUGACACAGCUUCUCGUGGCUGCGUUGGAGCAUCAGUAUACUGAUGAGUUCCGGGGUGUGCAUGAUGAGAAGACGAUCUCGAGAGUGCCGUUCAGGCUACGGCACGAUACUAGAAAUGCGGGAAGAUUCAAGUUUGAGAAGGUGGGAUAG